AUGUGCCCGAUCUUUAGACCCGCCAAGCCAGGAGGUGGGCGUCGUCUCUCUCGUGAAGAAAACGCACAGGUAUCGGUGGGAGAGGAUCUGCCUGAUGAGAGGAGAGAGACAGUCAUGGAGAUCGUGGUAGAGUAUACAGCACCAAAGAAUGCCAGGGGGGGAAUUGGUAGCGAAGAUGAGGCCGCAGAUGACAAUGAGUCGGAUGACUUUGGCAAGGCGAUGGAAGUAGACGCGAAAUGA